AUGGGUUACUAUCAUAAGCCUCAGACGAUACAACAAACUCUCAAGAGGACACUGCAGUAUUAUGAGCAUCAAGUUAUUGGUUACAGGGAUGCCGAAAAGAAUUUCCACAAUAUCUCUAACAGAUGCUCCUAUGCAGACCAUUCCAACAAAGAGGAUAUUGAAGAUGUCUCAGGAAUUCUUCAGUGCACUGCUAAUGUACUCGGUCUGAAGUUUGAGGAAAUCCAAGAAAGAUUUGGAGAGGAGUUCUUUAAGAUAUGCUUUGAUGAGAACGAGAGGGUUCUUCGAGCUGUAGGUGGCACACUGCAGGACUUUUUCAAUGGGUUUGAUGCUUUGUUGGAACACAUUAGAACUUCUUUUGGAAAACAGGCCACUCUGGAGUCACCAUCUUUCCUAUGCAAAGAGCUUCCUGAAGGUUCCCUUAUGCUCCACUACUUUCAUCCUCACCAUAUCGUGGGGUUUGCGAUGCUGGGGAUGAUUAAGGCUGCAGGAAAGAAGAUCUAUCACCUGGAUGUGCAAGUGGAACAAGUUGCAAAUGAGAAGCUGUGCUCUGAUGGAUCAAACACGGGCAACUGUAGCUGUCUUACUUUCCUGAUCAAAGAAUGUGAAAAGACCAACAUCACAAAGAAUCUUCCGCAGGGAACCUCCCAAGUUCCGGGGGACCUCAGAAUUAGCAUCAACACUUUCUGCAGAGCCUUCCCUUUUCACUUGAUGUUUGACCCCAACAUGUCAGUCCUUCAGCUGGGGGAAGGUCUGAGAAAGCAGCUCCGAUGUGACACUCACAAAGUGCUCAGGUUUGAGGACUGCUUUGAGAUUGUUUCUCCAAAGGUCGAUGCUACUUUUGAGAGGGUUCUUCUGCGACUGUCCACUCCAUUCGUGAUUAGGACCAAGCCUGAGGCGUCCAGUACAGAAAAUAAAGACAAGGUUAUGGAAAUCAAAGGACAGAUGAUCCACGUCCCAGAAUCAAAUUCCAUCUUGUUUUUGGGCUCCCCGUGUGUGGACAAGUUGGAUGAACUCAUGGGUCGAGGGCUACACCUCUCAGACAUCCCUAUCCAUGAUGCUACCCGGGAUGUCAUUCUGGUUGGUGAGCAGGCGAAGGCCCAAGAUGGCUUAAAGAAGAGGAUGGAUAAAUUAAAGGCCACUUUAGAAAGAACUCAUCAGGCCCUGGAAGAAGAGAAGAAGAAGACUGUGGAUCUUCUGUAUUCUAUUUUCCCUGGCGAUGUGGCCCAGCAACUGUGGCAAGGGCAGCAAGUGCAGGCCAGAAAGUUUGAUGAUGUCACCAUGCUCUUUUCUGACAUUGUUGGCUUCACAGCUAUUUGCGCCCAGUGUACUCCCAUGCAAGUGAUCAGCAUGCUGAAUGAACUGUACACCAGAUUCGACCACCAGUGCGGGUUCCUGGAUAUUUACAAGGUGGAAACAAUAGGUGACGCGUACUGCGUUGCAGCAGGACUGCACCGGAAAAGCCUCUGCCACGCCAAACCCAUUGCUCUGAUGGCCCUGAAGAUGAUGGAGCUGUCAGAAGAGGUACUGACCCCAGAUGGGAGACCAAUUCAGAUGCGGAUAGGCAUUCACUCGGGCUCCGUGCUGGCGGGUGUUGUUGGGGUGAGAAUGCCCCGAUACUGCCUCUUUGGAAAUAAUGUCACUCUGGCAAGCAAAUUCGAAUCGGGAAGCCACCCUCGGCGCAUCAACGUCAGUCCGACCACCUACCAAUUAUUAAAACGAGAAGAAAGUUUCACAUUCAUUCCUCGGUCCCGUGAAGAACUUCCAGACAACUUUCCAAAGGAAAUCCCUGGGAUCUGCUAUUUCCUGGAGGUAAGGACUGGUCCAAAGCAGCCAAAGCCUUCUCUUUCUUCAUCAAGAAUAAAAAAGGUUUCCUACAACAUCGGCACCAUGUUCCUCCGGGAGACAAGCCUCUAAGACCCGCAGACCCAAGACUCCUCCAAAAAGCACAAGCCCAGACCAUGGGUCACUACAGGAGGAUGGGAAGAGAUGCUUCUCUUUCGAUGCUUUCUUGAGAAUAAGCAGUGGAAUUUCUGUUAUGACAGGCAAUAAUCCUAGAAAAAAGUCGUGUGACUGCUGUCCAUAGAAAGGCUGAAGGUGGGGGAAUAUAAAAUGUGUCUAUAUAAGUGUCAUGCGGAGAUAUAUGUAUAUAUAUAUAUUAUAUAUAUAUAUAAUAUAUAUAAUAUAUAUAUGGAUCCUGUUUUAAAACAAACCAAUAGACUCCUUGUUGUCUUGUUUUUCACCCACACAGUUAUCUUUCCCUAUAUAUUUGUAUCACUUUUGAGAGCCAGUUUUGAGUAUAUAUUCCUACAUUUAGUGAAUUGGUAGGUGAGGAAUAUUUUCUAAUUUUCUUUUUCUGAAUAGACAUUUCAUACAUACAUCAUGGCAGUGUGGUACACUUCCCAGCAGGAAGAAUUGUAACUCAGUAAAAUAUUUUAGGGAUAUUACCUAUUUUUAUAUAUAUCUCUUCUAGAUAAUUACAUUUCACACAACGUUAUUAGAUUUUCAGAACCUGCUACUGCAUUGUUGGUAUAUUAUGUAAUGCUAACUGACUAAUCUAAUAUAGUUUCACUUGUUUAGAGAGAUUAGUGCUUGGACUGGGAAUACAUAUAACCAAGGAUUCAGAUGCUGAGAAAGUGUUGUAUGUCUGUUAGUAAGAUAUAUUUUUUAGAUUUAAUUAUUGUAGCAUGGAGUCCAGUGGUAAUGGAAUUUUCUCACAGCAGAUACAUUUGUAACUAAGAUUAAUGAGAGGAUUUUUUUGCUGUCUUCUAACACAUAUCAGUCAAAGGAAAAUGCUUUAUUACCUUGGACCCUUUUUAAUGUAGCAGCUGUAAAUAUAGAUAUUUUAACAUUAAACUGCAUUCUAAUGAACAGCAUCCUUCUAAGUCAUAUGUUAACAAUUCCCUUUCCCUUCCCAAGUUGAUGCUUCCUAAGAGCUGACUGCCAUUCCCAAAAGCAAAUUUCUCAGAUACUGGUAUUACUGACACAAAAGUAUCCAAGCAUUUUGCCAAGAAUAUUGUUCCUUAUUGCAUAAUGCAAAUCAAGGAAUGCCCUGUAUUUUAUGUUAUUGAGUUUUUCUUUUAAAUGUUCUUCUCUAGUUUGAUUGACUUGGCUUUUAAAUUCCUUGAAUGACCUCCAUGAACUCCGAAGUUCUAACCUUUCGAACUAGUAAUCACUGUAGUCACAGACAGGUUUCCAUUGCACGUCCUGCUAUAACGAAGUUGUUCUCCCAUUAAUCAACACUGCAUGAGAAAUAGUGUCACAGGCUCACAGUAAAAUUGUGAGCACAGUGUGUCCAGCGUUUUCCUCUUUUGGAUCAGAUAUAAACCUAAAUUUCUAUUAAGGUUAAUGAGCUGGAAGUAUUGUUACCUUAACAUCUUUGGAGUAGACAUUUUCUACUCUAGUAUGUAUCCUCAUUGGUAGUUUAUGUCUACUAAAUGCAAUAUAUUAUUUUUCAUUCAGGGAUUUGGCUGCAUUGUGAUCUGGUUAUGAUAUAACUCAACUAAGGUGUAUAUUAAUUAAUUUCCAAUGUAGUCUAUGAGGCAUAAUUAACGUUGUUAAGCUCUCUAAGUGUGUGGCUAGAAAACAUUUAUAGAUAUGCAACUUACUCGUUGUAAUUUUCAUCUUUUUUAUAAUUUGAGCUCUUUUCUCACCCUAUGGUUUAAGAGAACAUAAUUGCAGCACUCUUCCUAUGGAGAAUACAGGCCACAGUUACUGCGGUCUUGAACUUUGCCUAUCCCGCUGUUUCCUGGGCCCAGGUCUCUGCUUUUAAUUCCAUAGAGAGCAAAGGCCAGGUUACAUGCAGAAGGCUGUGUAGGCUGGAGGCAGGGUAUGUUCAUGACGUGAAUUAAUCACAAGAAAUCUCGUCAGGGAACUUGUCCUUUUUAGGAGACAGUGUGUCUGUGUGUGGGGUGGUUAUAGCCAGUAUGGUUAGGGGCUGGAAGCACCUCAGUCCUCAUGGCAAUAUUGGAAAAUUGCCUGAGAAAUUUUGAGGGGCUUCUCACAGCACAGCAGCAUGGGGAUAGGUCCAACAUCACGCCCGCCAUUUAUGCUUAUUCUGUGCAGUAAUUUGGAGCUUACUUUGAUAUAUUUAGUCAACAGACAUUCUGGUGAUAAUGUGUUUUGUAACCAUAUGGCUGAAAUGGACUUUCAGGAAUCACCCAAUCUAUUUCUCUGCUUCUUGUAAAAAAUUGCUUAAGCAACUAUUCUAAACAUAUGGUUGUUUUCUUUGUACUUAAAAAUAUGUGUGGGAAUUAUCUAUACUUUAAAGGAAAAUUGGAAAUCCACUCCAUCAUUUGGUAAUUGUUAGUAGGGCUCUGGAGAAGAAUUUGUGGAUAUACUUUCAACUUUUCAGAAGAAUCAUAAACUCUAUAAUGGUUUCUAUGAUUUCAUAUAAGAAGUAGCCAUUUACACUGUCACAAAUCUCCCAUGUCAGAGAUCUAUUAUAUAUCACAAACAGAAUAAAAACUACAUUUUUCAUAUAAUUAAUAUAUAUAUUUUUGAAGUUAGUCUGAGGCAAUGGGCUCAUCUUUUAUCAUUUUGCCAACCUAUUAAUGUUGACAAUUACAGUUAUACUGUUACUAUGUGUGUUUGUAAGAUACUGCAUCAAAUGUCUGUUCAUUCUAGCUGCAGUCAGAAAUUAGAUGCUGUGAGAAAAAAUCCUAUUUUCAUUUGUGCUAUCCAAUACAGUGCAUAUAUUCUAGCCUAGAAACUGUGUAUGUAAAAUGUGCCAGCAUUUAUAUUUUAUUUGACUAAUACCUGUACAGUAUUCUCAUUUACUUACAAGCUGUUAGGAAUAUUAUGGAUUUUAGCAUGACAAAUGAAAAGGAACUUAAAUAAUAUCCCCCAGAAACCAAGUGAUAUUAAUUAAUAUAAUGGCUUUAACCCACGCUAAAAAGAGUACCUUAAAUUGUAAUCUGGUACCUAUAACUGCCCUCUUUUAAUACUCUUUAAUGAAGCUAAUUUGGAGAAGUCACUUUAUAACUAGCCAUUAGUAUUAAGACUUCACAUUGGUGUCAUGAUUAUUUUAGUGGAGAGAACACCUUCAUCUGCAAAUCGAUAAUCUAACAAAAUUGAUAUCCUCAAAUAUUUACUUAAAACUUACUGUACAAUAUCUGCUUUGUGAAACAUGAACAUAGCAGUGGCCAUGUUAAAAAAUAAUAGUAUAAGGGGCUGGGGUUUAGCUCAGCGGCACAGCACCUGCCUGGCAAGUGCAAGGUUGUGAGUUCGAUUCUUGGUACCGGAAAAACAAACAAACAAAAAAAUAAUAGUAUAGCCCAGAAACAUGUUAAUUGGACAUCUUAGCUGUGUCACAUACAGGUGAAGAAGAUAAAGCUUCUAGGUUACCCUGACAGAACCACCUAAAAUUUGCCUCUAUAUUCAUCUUCCCUGUUAAAUUUUAAAGUAUUUUGAGCUUCUCUUUUAAUUUGUGAUAAUGUUUGGAAUCCAAAGAACUGCGACCUGCUCUGGCUCUGAGUCAGAUACUAAUACUUGAGAUUUGAGAAUGGGUGGGUGGAAUCAGCACUUAAAGGUGAGCUCUCAGCCUCACACUUCUGCCUCUUGUCCCAGGACAUUGAUGUUAGGAAGCAUUUUAUUGUAGAAGUUUUCUUCUCCAGAAAAAAAGAAAAAGCAAAACAGCACAAUGACAGCUUAAACAAAAUCUCAUUCACAAGGACAGCAACCUUUUACAUUUAGAAGUUUCUUCAAAAAGCUCUGCUGAUGAAGCUAAAACAACUGAGUAAGAUACAAAGGGAAAAGCCAUGAGGAAUUUGGAAAACCACUAGGCUUGUGUUUCAUGCAGAAUCAUAUUGCUGCUGGUUGAAAUCAUGUGACAAAUGUCUUACGAUAUCAAGAGGGAGCUCAAGAUUAUGAUCAUCAUUAAAUAUGUUUGUUGAAGGCUCCUUUGGUUUCUGACUUGUUAGGACAGGUGCUGUAGAUGGCUAGGGUGGAAAGUAAAAGUUUUGUAUAUAGGUCUCUGGCGUGCCGUGCAUUCUGAGCAAGAGUUACCCAGCUCCGAUCCUCUCUCACUCUCUGCUGUCACUCAAAGCCAUCUCAUUGCAUUAGCCUAGCCGCAUCAAACUUUACUGUCUCUCUGCUGUUGAACCCAAGAUGGCUGCGGAAAGAUUUACUGGUGCCUGAUUCAGACAGACGAGCCCACACUGCUCCAGGCCUGAGUUAUAAUAUUCACUUUUGUCUGAUAUGCUAGGGAAUUACUUGCAUCUGCUGUUUCUCCCUCCAUUCUUUCUUCAAAAUAUAUAUUCUUUCUUUUGAACCCAGGCACUUUAUGCAACUUCUCUGAAUUUUCCUUUGGAAUUAAUUAUACAUGACCCUGAAUAUUCUUAGGAUGACAUCACAUGACUUUAUCCAAUAAAAACCUAGAAAUUCAAGAAUAAGAACCAAGCCCUAUAUUAUAAGUUAGUUAAUUCUAUUAGAUCAUAGAACUCCAACUACAAAAAUCAUGUCUUUUUAGAGGCUUCUAUAAGCAUAACUUGCUGGAGAUAAUCCAAAAAUCCACAUGCUAAUGACAAUGAAUUAUUGAAGCUUAAAAUAUCCAUUGUGAAUGGCUUUUUGGGCAUCUCUUCAUAUGACUAUACCUAACUCAGAGUCAAUUUAAUAUGCAUGUGAGUUGAGCUAACAUGGUGGAAUAAGAUUUAUUGUUAAAUGGGUAAAUUGACCCUAACUAUGGACUCUAUUUCAGGAUUCUCUCAGUGGUGAAUGAAUAGCAGAUACUGAUAUUACACACAGAUUAUUAUAAUAUUUUCACAGAAUAUGGAGAUAGUGUGCAAAAUUCCUUCCUUACACUUGAUUUAAACAAUUGGAGCCCAAGUAUUACUGUCCUGUCACCUUUUUGUUUCCUGUCUUUGUUCUCUCUCUUGUCACUUAAAAAAGUCACUAAUACAUUUAUAAUACAGGGAGAAUUACAGCUAACUUCAUACUGUACCUAUGCAUAUUCUUAGUUCAUAUGUGUUUAUUAAAUGUAGAUGUUACAUGAUUAAAAUCAGUAAUGUUUUGGGGAAGAGUUGAGAACGUGGAUAAGUCAAGUUUAUGUCUUUUAUUUCUAAAAUGUUGUGACUAGAUCACGGCUUCACUAAACACCUCAUUGUCAUUCUGUCCUUUUUAAGAAAUGACCUAAUUCAAUGGUUCAGUUGAUCUGCUUGGAAGUAUCUGAAAACCUUGCAUAGGGAAUUACAUUGGAGUUUUAAGAGUGCAGGUUACUGGGUUUUACUUUCAGAGAUCUGGAUUCAGUAGGUCUCAGGUAGGGCCUAGGAAUCUGCAUUUAGAAAACCACUCCCAGUAAUGCUACCAUGCAGCCAGAUUUGGGGACCAUUGAAAAGUGCAUGAAUAAUCUUCACUACUAGAAGUAAAUACAAGUUUACUGAGAAGCAAUACAUCAGUUCACGUGUAGCCAUUUUUAAAGUUAAACAUUGUCUGAGCUUCAUACCAUUAUCUGUCCCAUGAAUUUUAGUUUUAAAAUUUGUAGGCUGCUUUUUUGAACACGAGUCUUCAAACUUAUUAGAGACAGAAAUUAAUACUGAUAAGCAUGAGGGAUGAAUAUUGCUCACUAUAGGGCUAUUAGGCAUACUGGCUAUGGUACCAUUUUCUUAGUUACUGCUGGAGCAAUGCAGUACGUCACAUUUGCUGGUCCUCACCACUGCGCCAUACAUUAUGAAGUUUAGAACACAGAAACAAAUGUGGAAGUGACAGCCUUACUUCUGAAUGCUUUACACUUUAUCUUAUGAUAAGACAGUAACUUAAUACUAAGCCUCACUCUGUACUUUUCCUAUGGAAUUGUGCAUUCAUCUGAAAGUGACUUCCUAGCAAUACCUUAUAACAACAUUUGAAGCAAUAAUUUAAGCCAUGAUGAUGAUGCCAUAUAAAAUGUGCACUUCUCUGCAUUAUGUAGAACCUUUGAAAAAACAAAGACAUGGUUUAUAUAAGCAAUUAUGUAGCUGGUGUGGACUUUUUAAAGAUACCAUUUUGAAGCAAAAUGAGCAGCAAGCGAUGAUGGAGAGAAAAUAUCUGAGCAAAUGACAUGCUCAGCCUCCCUUAGAAGCUAUUCAUUUGCAAACAUGCCAUAAAGCAUUUAGUGUAUCAGAUUACUUCUUGUGUAUCAUUUAAAAAUACCUAGCGUAGUAUAUUUUCUGUUUCUCUCAAUUUUGAUUUGAGCAUUAUUUGUGAUGCUGCCUCUUAGGAUCUUUGUGAAUGACAGUAAGGAGCAAGUUAAGGGUGAGUGGAUGAAGAAGAUGGAGCACAGGUUGGAAGAACUGACUGAGAGAGUAGGUGACACAAAAAUAUGAAUAUAUUUGGGUACACUUUAAUCCAAAUGUUGGUUUGGUAAGGAUUUGAAAGAUGAAGGAUCAAAAGAGCUCCGUGUGAUUAUUCCCUGCGAGAGCUACACUAGUAAGAUUAGUAAGUAUAAUAAUGUUUUGACCUAAGAAGAUGAUUGGCUGAGAAUCAUUCCUAGUAUAAUUUAAAAAUCUUUGAAAAUGAUUAAGCAGUAAAUUUUUAAAAUAUCAACUUGAAUAAUUCCUGUUUAGUCUUCUUAAAGUAUGUUUUAAAUGAAAUGUGGCACUGUCAAUAAUAUCAAUCUGUUCAUACACUUAUCUAUUGUUUAGAGUGAUGUAUUAGGAUUACAGUUAAAAGCAGCUAGUAAAUUUAUGUUAUAAUGAGCAAUAUCUAAAGAUCAGAUUAUCGUUUAUCAUCUAAAUUUAGAUACAUUCCCAAGUAUCUGAAUAAAUACAGUUCCUAUUGUUGCCUAGAGAUGUAGACUCUCCUCUAAUUUUGAGCUCUAGAUGGAUAGGUUUGAUUAUAUUUGACCUUUACUUUCCUAUUCUUGGUAGCAAAACUUAAUAUCCUCCUGCCCACAAUUGGAAAAUCAAAAUCAAACAGAAUUGUGGAUUUACUGAAAGAGUUUUGACAUCAUACUUUUGUACUUCAGUGGAUGCUUAAGUCCUUAAUAAGUAUACAGUUGAGUGUUCAUAAAUGAUAAAAAAGGACUUAACUUGAAUCCACUAAAUUACUCUAAAUUUAUCCUCCUAGUUCAUCCAUCUAGUUUACAAUCAGAUAAUUCUUAAUAUUAGACCAAAGUACUCUUGCUUAUUAUUUGAAAGCCAGUGAGAGCGAAAGAGAGGGAGAAAGGAAGACAGGGAAAGAGAAGUAGGGAGAGAGGGGGGAGAGAGAGAGAGAGAGAGAG